UAAAUCAGUGUCAGGGUCCCCCUGUCUCUCCUUUACUGUUCUGUCUCAGGACCUUGGAUCUAACAGUGCUAUAUCUAAGCCUACACAAUACCAGUUGUGGGGAAACUGCAGGAUUUUCAAGCCCUCGGUGUGCUCAGAAGACAAAGUCUGAGUCAAAUUUGACUUCUGAAAAAGUAAGGAAAGAAGGAAGGACUCUGUUGCCCUGGAUUGUCCUUUGUGAAUGGCGAAAGGGGGAUUACCCAGAAGCUUGCUUCUUUAAAUAUGGGUCUUCACUGACCUCAACAGACACCAACUGUGGGAAAUUCUCAAUUCUGCAGAUAGGUGGCAUCAGCAAACAGUACUGAUUUUCAGCACACACCAAGAAAGUAUUUGGAAAUGCCUUCCAAAAAUAGCACCAGAGAAAACUUUUCCAAAUCACAACACUGUCAACCAAAUGACCACUAUAUGGAAGAUCCAGGGAAAGUAAAACUGAAAAGGACACAAUCAGAAAAAUGCCAUGCACCAGAAGCAGAUACCAUCUUAAGAACUCCUGAAUUAGACAAGAAACACAGAAAUUAUUCCAAAAAGGGUGAAGACCUUUCCCGGGAUGAUCUAUUAUUUCUGCUGAGUGUACUUGAGGGUGAAUUACAGGCUCAGGAUGAAGUCAUAGGUGUUUUAAAAGCUGAAAAAAUUAACCUGGCUUUACUUGAAGCACAAUAUGGCUUUGUUACGCCAAAAAAAGUCCUUGAGGCACUUCAGAGAGAUGCCAUACAAGCCAAAGCUACACUAUGGCAGGAAGAUAUCUAUGAAAAACCCAUGGGAGAGCUUGACAAAGUGAUUGAAAAGCAUAAAGAAACGCACAGGCGCAUGCUGGAGCAACUCUUAAUGGUAGAAAAAUCUCACAGGCAAACCCUAUAUGACCUAGAGGAUGAGAAGAGGAAGCAUGCAGAGUAUAUGCAGAAAAGUGAUGAAUUUACUAAUCUAUUGGAACAGGAACAACAACGAUUAAAGAAGCUUAUUGACCAAGACACAGCCUAUCAGGCAAAAAGAGAAAAGGAAAACAACAAGAAAAUAAACAAAUUGAAGGAAGAGCUGACAAAACUCAAAUCAUUUGCUUUAAUGGUAGUGGAUGAACAACAAAGACUUACAGAACAGAUAAGCCUGCAAAUCCAAAAAAUCCAAGACUUAACUAACUCUACAGAGCAAGCACAUGAGAAACUCUCCAUUGCAGAAACAAAAGCUCAAGAAGAAGAGCAAAAAGCCCUCAGGCUGGAAACAGAACUUCAAGUACAAACUAUUAAGUUUUCCCAAGAACAAGAAAUUGUGAUGGCCAAACUAACCAAUGAAGAGAGCCAGAAUCGCCAGCUACGCUUAAAAUUAACAGCACUCAGUCGACAAAUUGAUGAACUUGAAGAGACUAAUAAGUCCUUACGAAAGGCAGAAGAAGAACUGCAAGAUCUCAGAGAAAAAAUGAAUAGAGGGGAAUGUGGAAAUUCUACCCUUAUGUCUGAAGUGGAAGAGCUAAGAAAAAGAGUACUGGAGAUGGAAGGAAAAGAUGAGGAGCUCAUAAAAAUGGAAGAACAAUGCAGAGAGCUUCAUAAGAAGCUAGAAAAGGAAGCCUCACAAAGUAACAAUUUUAAAACUGAAGUUGAUAGAUUCAACAAGAGAAUUAUGGAACUGGAGAAAUUGGAAGAUUCUUUCAGCAAGAGCAAACAAGAAUGCUACACUUUGAAAUGCAAUCUAGAAAAAGAAAAAACAUUAACGAAGCAGCUCUCACAGGAACUUGAUGUUUUAAAAGCUCGUAUUGGAGAGCUUGAAACCAUGGAAAGUAAAUUGGAAAAAACAGAGCUCACACUUAGAGAAGAUUUAAAUAAAUUGAAAUCAUUAACGGUAUUGCUUGUUGAUGAGAGGAAAACAAUGAAUGAAAAAAUAAAGCAAACAGAAGAAAAGCUACAGACUACAAAUUCACAGCUUCAGCUGGAACAAAAAAAAGUUAUGUCAGUCACAGAAAAAUUGAUUGAAGAAAGUAAGAAGGCACUAAAAUCUAAGACAGAGUCUGAAGAAAAAAUGUCCAAUCUCACAAGACAGAGAGAUGAACUGAAAAGUAAACUAAAAGCAGAAGAAGAAAAAGGAGAUGAUCUCUCCUCCAAAGUGAAUCUGCUAAAGAAAAAGCUACAGUCCCUAGAAGCCAUUGAAAAAGAGUUUCUUAAAAAUAAACUUAAGGAGACAACCAAACCUACCACAUCUUUGCAGCAAGAAAACAACAAGAUUAAAGAACUAGCCCAGGAAAUUGAAAGGCUCAAACACAAACUUAAAGAAAUGAAGGCCAUAGAAGAUGAUCUCAUGAAAACUGAAGAUGAAUUUGAAUCUUUAGAACGUAGAUACAUUAAUGAACAAGAUAAAGCCAGAUUUCUGUCAGAGGAACUUGAGGCUGUGAAAAAAGAACUGGCUCGGUAUAAGUUAGCAGAGAAGACAGAAUGCAAUCAUGAGCAGAGAUUAUUCCGAAAACUCAAGGAUGAAGCAGCUAAGUCAGGACACCUUUCUAGAGAAGUAGAUGCACUAAAAGAGAAAAUUCAUGAGUAUAUGGCAACAGAGGAUUUGAUAUGCCACCUAAGGGAAGACCAUACAAUUCUGCAGAAAAAACUCACUCACCAAGAAAAUAAAAACAAAGAAUUAGGAAGAGAAAUGGAAAUCCUGUCCAAAGAACUGGAGAGGUAUAGGCGUUUCAGCAAAAGCCUUAGACCAAGCCUGAAUGGAAGGAGAAUUUCUGACUUGCAAGUUGUCUCUAGGGAAGUCCAAACAGAACCACUGGACAAUGAACCACCUGAUUACAAAACUCUAGUUCCUUUGGAAAGGGCUGUCAUAAAUGGACAUUUAUAUGAAGAGAGUGAUGAUGAGGAUGAGGAUGAGCAAACUCCAUCUUUCAGGUGCAAUCCCUCUGUUGCAAAUGUAGUAAACAAUAAUAAACUAUGGAUACCCUGGAUGAAGUCUAAAGAAAACCAUAUCCAAAAUGGAAAGGUUAACACUAAGCAGAAUGGAAAUUGCAUUCAACCUGGAAAUGUAGUUCUAAGUCACACACCAGGCCAGCCUCUUCAUAUAAAGGUUACUCCAGAUCAUGGACAAAACACAGCCACCCUUGAAAUAACAAGCCCAACUGCAGAGAGCUCCCAGUCUUUCACCAGUACAGCUAUGAUACCCACCUGUGGCACACCAAAGCAAAGAAUCACCAUAAUUCAAAAUGGAUCUUUAAAUCCAAUAAAAUCUAAAGUAGCUGAUGGUUACUCAAGUCCAGAACAAGCCAUACCACCUCUUACUAUGGCUGCCUUUACUAGAUCUCAAACACCUGAAUCAUGUGGUGUUAUAACUCCAGAAAGGACAACCUCCCCAUUGGCUCUGACAAGUUCAAGUUCUCCUGAGCAGUUGCUUUCACCAGAAUCACUGGAAAUUGGUGACAAGCAUACUAUCUUUAGAGUAUCCCCUGAAAGGCAGUCAUCCUGGCAGUUCCAAAGAUCCAACAGUUCUGGAUCUAGUGUGAUAACUACUGAGGAUAAUAAAAUACAUAUUCAUUUAGGAAGCCCUUAUGUCCAAGCUCUUCCUAAUUCGGCAAAAGUCUUUAAUCCUUGCACCCCUGUGCAGGAUAACAGAACUCCAGCAGUAACUAAUGGAACACCAAGCAAAUCUAUCAACAAAAUCACCAGCAGCAUCACUAUUACACCUACAGCCUCUCCUCUCCCACGACAGUCACAAAUUACAAUUGCUGAUGUCUUCCGUCAAGCAAUUCCUACCAGGAUCCCUAAAUCAAAAGCUAUGAGUACAACAGUAGUACCAAUGAGGACACCUGCUGGACAACUCAAGACACCACUCCAGGACAGUAAAGAUGGAAAAUCACACACAGGAAGAACCUUUUCCAGUGCUUUUCUUCAAAAUGGUGGGAAAAGAUAAGACUAUGUGGUGCCUGAUACAAUAUUGAACUUUUAAGACAUAUUUAAGAAAAGGUAACAUAAAAUCAGAAAUGGGUAGAAAACACUAAUGUUAACACUGAAAUUGUAAGUCAUCAGGACAUCCUUAUGAACAGUUUUAUUCAUCCAUUAAUCAGUGUAAUCCUGUUCCAUAUUCCUGAUUUGCACAAGUUACAUAUUAACAGAGCCUGUCCAUUUAUGUGGACUGGAAAGUGAGGUUUUCAGUUGCCUCAAGUGUUAAUUCUGCAAUAUUUUUCCCAUAUAGCAGAAAAAUUGCAUCCAUACACUUAACAAUUGCUGUAAUCAUAGGUCUAUUUGAGAGACAAGAAUGUAUUACAAAAAUUUUACACAUGCAUGAAACAGAAUAGUUGUAUCAGACAAGUGGAAUGAUAAAACUUUCAAUCUGAUGAAGGCCGAGUAAAAUACUGCAAGGGGGUGGCUGGAAAAAGAGAAAUAAGACAAUUUGAGACAGUAACUACUGUUAUUGAACCUGCCUGCUCCCAUUCACCUUUUUCUACUUCCAUGUCAAUAUUCUCAAAGUCUUCCCCAGACAUUUAAACCUGGGAUUAUUAGACAUCAUAGUGCUGUAUGAUACCCUACAUCCCUCAUCAGCCUCCACUGUAGUACUAUGGCAGCUAUGUUCAUGAAUCACAGACUUCUAGACUUAAAGGAACAGUAGAUCCUUAAAGCCAGAAGACACAUACAUGUAAAGACUGACAGCUGUGAAAAUAUUCCAGAAAGGACAGAUCACUUUGGUGCUUCUGUGAACACUCGGGACAGGCAGGUAGGCAGGCAGGCAGGCAGGCAGGCAUACUUACUAGAAUGGCAGUCCCAAGGCUGCAGAAGAAACAUAUUGAGGACCUAUCUGUCAAUACCACUAUCGAGAGAGAGAGCAAGAGAGAGAGAAUGAAGGCUACAUGCAGCAGUGGCACCAAAAGGAUGAAAUGCCACAUACCACAUAUAUGAAGGAAGUGGGUUACCACCCCCAGAACAUUAUUUAAAAGAGCACUAUGUGUUUUCAGUAGUUAAGAUGUUGUGUUUUAAUUAUUACCAUGUAUUUUGUGUGUCACAAAAAUGUUGAAUUAUUAGCUAUUUUUUUAAACUGGAAAUUGUUUCUUUUAAAACAAAUAUGUAUGUUUGGGUUUGUAAAGCAAAGCAAACAAACAUUUUCCUGUAUCCCUUUAUGAAGUAAAUUCUUUUAGUACUUACACAUGAAAUAAUAUAAAUCAUUCAACAACUGGGGCAUUCUAGAAAUUGUGAGCCUUUUUUCUCUACAGGAGAUAGUAUCAGAGGAUGAGACUCCCAAAUUAGAAGGCAUUCAACCAGGUACUGGGGAAAAGCAAAGGGCAAAUACAAACAGCUCUGCCAUUAAUGACACAAAUAGAUCAAAACUGCAAUGAAAUCUAAUGGCCAAUUUGAUCAUAAGUUAAAGGAAAGUCCAGUGAUAUACAAUACUUACAAUUAGAACAUGGAGAGUGAACAGUUAGAAUCAAAGCAAACUGAAAAUUGAAAAGAAAUAAAUGGACUAGUUAUACUAUGUGAGUGAACUAAAGUGGACUGUACUAAGACAUUUUCGGUCAGACAAAUUCGAAGUGUAUUACUCUGGAAAUGACAAACACAGAAGAAAUGGGGUGACUGUAAUACUGAGGCAAGAUGUAGCGCAGGCAGUAAAGGGUUAUUAAGUUCACCUGAAUCAUAUCAAGCAGAAUUCUUGGAAAACCUAUCAGCAUACCCAUCAUUCAAGUGUACAUUCCAACAAUGGAAGCUGUGGAAAAAAUUGAAACUUUUAUGCAAUUGUCCAAGAGGUGAUUGAUAACAUUCCAAGGCAUGCUGAUAAUCAUAGGUGAUUGGAAUGCAAAAGUAGGAAACAAAGCAAAAUCUAAUGUUGUGCAAGAAUUUGGUCUAGGGGUCAGAAACAAAGCAGGAGAAUGACUCUCAAAAGUCUGUGAAGCUAAGAAUCUGUUUAUUGCAAAUAAAUACUUCAUGAGAACAUCACUAAUUUAUUUCUAUAGUGACCACAUAAUUGGAAGUAGAAAAUGGAGAAGAAAAUGGAGUGCCAUAGUACCCAAAUAAAACUUAAAUAACAUUCCUGAGGAAUUUAUCAUCCACAUAAAGCACAGAUUUACAUUAUUCAACUCAGCUCAGCUGACCAUGAGACAGAACUAUGAACUGAGACCAGAGACAUUAUUAGGAAAGACUGCAAAAGGUGACUCCUGUAGCAAAAAAAAAAAAAGUUCAAAUGGAUGACAGAGGAAACACUCGUAGUUGCUAAGGACAGGCAAGAAGCAAAGAUGGCAGAAAUAGAGUCACUGAAGAAUGCAACUCUUCAGUGACUCUUACAAAGAGACAAAAAAAAAAAUGUUACAAUCGCCACUGCAAAGAACUUGUAGAAAAGGACAAAGCAGGACAAACAAGAUAUACAAAAAAUCAAAGGGAAAUUCAAAUCAAAAUUAGGAAUGCUGAAAGAUCAACAGGAAACAUACUAUUUUACCAGGAUUAAAACGAACAGAAGCUGAUAAAGAGAAAAUAAAGAAAAGAAUUGGAGUUGUGAAAGAUUUUGCAUACCUUGGCUCAGUCAUCAAUUUGAAGGGAGGCUGCAGCCAAACAAUUUGAGAAAGAUUGAGACUUGGAAGAGUUGCAAUGAGGGAAUUAGAUCUUUUUUAGUAAGUGUAAGGCCAUUUUACUGGCGAGCAAGGCCAAGAUCAUCCACACUAGCGCAUUCUUGAACACUAUGUAUGGGUGUGAAAGCUGGACAGUGAAAAAUAAUUAUUAUUUUUAGUAAUGCAUAGUAUACUGACACAUCUCUUUCAACACUGAUCAACUCUCUUCCACUAAAGUUGAUGGGACACACUGAGUUUGACAGGCACUUAGUUCCAUUCAUUCUAAGACAUUAUGCUUUUCAAUGCCAUAUAUUUUGCUAGGGAUAAUCAUCUGAAAGAAAUAUUAAUUACAACUUUCAACCUGCCAAUUUUGGCUAACAUUUUAUUUGCUGUUAGCAUACAUUUGUUUGUAUCAAUUAAUUACUGAAUUGAAAAAAAAAUCCAUGAAAAUAUAAAGCAGUGGAAAAUUUUCCAUUCCACUUCAUUGCCAA